ACGUUAAAGGUGCCGGUGAAUGUUGUUAUUAGCAGUUGUUAGUAUACACUUUCUCUCUAACAUUGGUUUUAAUAUUUUUGGAAUAUUUUUAUAGGUGAAAAAUGCGUCGUAAAAGUGAGCGUACCGCUACUAAAAAAGCUAAAACUUCGCCUGAAAAAAAGGUUGAAAAAGUAAAACGUACUCGAGGAAGGCGCCGUAAACAAUCUUCAUCGUCAGAAAAUGAAUCUGGCGACGAGGGCAGCCCCGUGCAGGAAGUGGAAGUCGUCGAGGAGCAGGACAAAAUACCGCCAAGUACCCCUGUCAAGAAAGAUGAUAGUCCAGAGGACGCCCAGGAGCAGGUAUGGCAUGUAAAAGCUACGGAAGCGUCUGGCGACGUGGGAGAGAUUCAAAAACUGAAAAUUUGUCUGGCUCGUCCUCCUUCGACUCCUGAGAGAGUAGACAAAUCUCCUCGGAGUAGGAGGAAACAUUCGCGCGCAACUAGCUCUAGCGACUCUCCAAGUGUUGAUAGUGUCGAUGAGAAAAGGAAGAGUGGCCACCGCUCUAAGAAAUCUCGCGAUUCUAAAGACGAGUCAGAUAAAAAUGACAGUCAGGAAGAACCAGAGGUGGAGCCUGGAAUCCAUACCGCGUCAGAUGAACCCGACAGUGAGGUAAGUCAAAGCACAGAUAGUCAACACCACACUUCUGAUGAGACCCCUAUGUCGACUACUAAUGAAGAAUCUAAACCUACUGAAAGUGAAACUCCAGUUGAUGGUAAUAACACACAGGAGAAAGAGUCACAACAGAAUGAAUCUUCUUCUGAAGCUGAGGCACAAGAUAACAGUGCUGCUGACACUACAGUCGUCUCACCAAAGAUGGAUAAUCAGGAAAGUACUGGUGAUGUAAACACUACAGCGAGAGAAAACCAGGAGUGUGAACGAGAACGUAGCGUUUCAGUUGAGAAAUCUGAAGUAUUGGAAAUACAUGCAGAAGAGACUAAAUGUGAGUCUUCAGAACCUCAACAUAAGGAAGAGGAGGACUCCGUAAAGGAUGAAAGUGAUAAGUCCAUAGAGCAGGAUGAGGCAUCCAGUGAGAGGAAGGUAAGUAUUAGUGAAGAUAAAAAGGAUGAGAGUAACACUGAAGAGUCUGGUGAAAACGAUACAGCUAAAACUAAUAAUGAAACUGAUGUUGUAGAAAACACUGAAAAGACUGACAGUGAUGAAAAUAAAAGGACAAGAAAUGUUUCAACAGAUUCAGACAAGGACAAAGAUGAAAGUAAGGAAAGGUACCGAAACAGAGAUAUACAUAGAUCAGACUCUGUGCAGUCAGCACAGGAAGAUACUGUCCACAUUGAGCAGGCCCCUCCUAUUGUAGUUACCAGGAAACGCAAAUGGGGCUCAAGGCCCAAAGUCACAACCCAGAAGUCUAUCACCAUUUCUACUGAUAUUCUUAAAGAUAUAAUACCUGAUGUGAAGCCUGUGGAGUUUGAUGAAGUGAUCGAAGAGAAGAAACACAGGAGGAUUGAGGUUGUAGAGAAACUUGAGCGACCAGUAUUGCCAAAAAUUGUUAUUGACAAUACUCAUAAUGUGGAGCAGAAUAAAAAAGAACAAGAAGAUGCAGAGCAUGACAAAGUUAAAGAAUUACGUAUGUCAGCAAACAGGAGGAUUUCCAUUGUAAAGGAGGAAGAUAGUAUUAUGGCUAGACCUCCAAGCCCACCAAAACAUAAGCAAUCGAAUAUCUUGUAUAUAACGAACCUGGUGAGACCAUUUACUUUACCACAGUUGAAAAAUUUGCUGCAGAGAACUGGAAGAAUUGUGGACAGUGGUUUUUGGAUAGACAGAAUUAAGUCAAAAUGUUUUGUUAAAUAUGAAAAUGAAGAUCAAGCUGUGGAAACACGACAUGCAUUGCAUGGUGUAACCUGGCCUGUAUCAAAUCCUAAAACUUUGCAAGUGGAUUUUUCUACCCAAGAAGCAUUUGACAAGGCCAUGCAAAAUGAAGAUACUGAUGGUACUCAAACAUCAUCCAUUCCUGGGACUGUUGAGGAUUGGCUCCGGGAGCAAGACAUGAGGAGAGAUCGAGGAGAAAUUGACAAGCCUUGGGAGCGGAAGGCGGCGAUGCGAGAGUGGGACAUGGGAAAGAAUGAAAAAGAGAAGGAAAAGGACAAAUUACGUAGAGACGAGCGCCUGCCGGAAAAGAGGCGACAUCGCACACCGAGUCCUGAACCAGCGCGGAAAUUCAAAAAGAAAGAAGAAGAAGCCCCUGCAAAGCUCUUAGAUGACUUAUUUAGAAAAACUAAAACCACUCCAUGCAUAUACUGGCUGCCUCUGUCAGCUGAAACGAUUGCGAUAAAAGAGGAGCAACGGCGCCAGCACAUGGCCGAGCAUGAGCGGCGCUUGCAGGAACUGCGGCGCACGCAGCAUCGUCGGCAUUAUUCGAGCGCUCACAGAUACUCCGUGGAAGUCGCGAAGUUGGUUUUGUAUCUCAAUGGAGAAUUGAAAUAUUUUGUAAAAAUGGCGCGGUGGUGGUACGUACUGGCGGUGGUAGUGAUGUCGGUGACGGCAGACAACCCUUUCACAAUCGACGACUUUGUCUCAGGGCGGUUUGCGCAGAGAGGAUUCAAUGGCACUUGGAUUUCUGAUACCGAAUUCACCUUCACAAAGCCCGAAGAACCGGGCAUUUUCGUGUACGAUGCUUCUGAUGACAGCAUCAGAGAGUUCUUCGUCAAUGCGUCAGUUCUGGAAGCCCUGGGCACUGAGAAUCCAAUACUCUCACGGGAUCGGCAGUAUAUAUUAGCACCUAGUGAUGUUCAACGGGUCUACCGAUACUCUACAACAGCUCGAUUUGCUCUUUACGAGAUAGAAACUCAACACACGACCCUUAUAGCAGAUCAUGAGCCACUCCAACUUUGCAUCUUCGGCGCGAAUCACGCGCUAGCGUACGUGUUGAACAACAACGUGUAUUACUUGCCCAGUGACGUGACCGAAGCUAUCCCUCUAACCUUCGACGGCAAUCCGGGCGAUGUUUUCAAUGGACACACGGAUUGGGUGUAUGAGGAGGACGUUAUGUACACCGGGCAAGCAACAUGGUUCUCGACCCAGGGCUCCUAUCUUGCUUUUGCCAGUUUCGACGACCGUGAAGUUGAAACCUAUUCGUAUUACUACUAUGUCAAUAUGACAGAGCCCGAUGAUUUGUACCCGGAACUCGUCCAUUUGAAGUACCCAAAGGUUAAUCACCGUAACCCGACAGUGCGCCUGCGUGUUGUUAAUCUUGUGGGUAUAACGGCGAACAACAUCAGUUACAUAGAUCUACCUGCUCCCGUGGAGACGGUUACCGAUGACCACAUCCUUGGUGGUGUACAAUGGACCACUGACAACGAGAUUGCUGCUCUUUGGCUUAAUAGGCGGCAGAACUCCACUGUACUGAAGAUUUGUAACAUUGCCGUCACUCCAAUAACUUGCCAAGACGAGUACAGAACUCAGCCAAACGGUUGGGUGCCUAUAGGCCUGCCACGCUUCAGCAGUGACGGCAGUUACUUCUUGUCCCUUCGAUGGUCGCUGGAGCAGACUGAUGGCAAUAUAUGGCAACAUCUCUUCCUCAGCAUGCGUAUUGAUGAUGACAUUGUAUCCAGUUCCAUUACACCUCAACAUGCCACUGUUAAUAAUUUUGUUGGAAUGAAUGAGGAGUUUCUUGAAUACUACUACACGACCACUGUACCCGAUACCCCGUGGCAGUCGCAAGUGCGCGUGGUUGGCGCAAAUGACGGUUGCCUCAGCUGCAACCUGGUAUUGCCGGACGGGGGUCCUUGCACGUGGGCCACCGCCACGGCCAGUCACGGCGGCUCCUACCUGACCAUUACUUGUUCCUCGUCUAAUGAAAUUUCUGCUACGUUUAUUAUUGAUACUCGGACUCGCGAAUCAAUCCGCCUAUGGGAAGACAACGCCAUAGUUCGUGAACGCCUGGUGGGAAAGACAAGACCCGGUAGCAUGAUCUUCACAGUGCCCCUUCAGAACGGAUUUCCUGCCCCUGUACGUCUUCACCUCCCCCCUGGACUAGACUUCAGCGACACCAAUACUAAAUAUCCACUUGUGUUUUACGUAUAUUCUGGACCUAAUACCAAUACAGUAUUCGACACCUUUACUGUCGGUUAUCAUUCAUACUUGGCGACCAGUCGCAACAUAAUCUACAUGGUGGCGGACGGAAGGGGUUCCGGUCUCAAGGGACAAGAAAUACUGUAUUCACUCAACAAUGCUUUGGGCACUGUUGAGGUCGAAGACCAUUUUGUUAUUCUCAGACAAGUUCUACAACAAUUCCCGGUCAUCGACCAAAGCAGAAUCGGCAUAUGGGGUCACAGUUACGGGGGAUAUGCGACGCUGCUCACUCUAUUACACGAUGACGAACAUCUCUUCAGCUGCGGUGUCUCUGGAGCCCCUGUCACUUCUUGGCUGUAUUACAAUACUAUGUACACGGAACGCUACAUGGGGCGACCUACUGAAGAGGACAAUCUAAAGGGAUAUGAAGCCGGUGACGUUACAUUGCUAGCAAAAAAACUGGAAGGUCAUGAUUUCUACAUCAUGCACGGCAAUGCAGACGACAACGUGCAUUAUCAGAACGCAGCUAAGUUGAUGACGGCGUUGCAGGAACUCAAUAUUCCUUUUGAACAGAUGUCCUACCCUGACGAAGCACACAGUUUGGCGGGCGUCAACAUGCAUCGGUACCACGCUAUGGACCGCUACUGGAACAGAUGUCUGCGGCUGCGCGUGUAGGUGUACAGUUGUAAAAUGCACAAUAAAUUUUCAUAAUAUUACCGCUAAUCAGACGUUCAGCACAUGCUGAUGUAUUCAAAUUAACAAUACGACAUAACAUUAAAUUUUUGUACUUGUGGUAGUGUGUGACCGUGGUGCGCACAAAAACUGUCGCAAUAUGGUACUAGUCUUUUGUUUUACCCAUCGUGAGAAGUGUUCAAAAUUCAACAAGGAUACGGAGGCUGACGAAUCAUGACGACACCGACACCGACGAACACCGACAUCGACUAUUAUCAAGCAACAUGUAAUGAACU